AUGGAAAGAGUCCCCGACAAUAUUGUGUUGGAUCGUUUUGCCCAUUUUGUGGCCACCGAUCAGUGGAACGUUGAAUCCAAUGAGAAUAUUAUAAAACAUAUUUAUCCUGAUCGGAGAGAGCUCUCUAGUUUGUUCGUUUACAAGGUGGAGAAUGAUGGAUUGAUCGUAUCUGGAGAGGGAUACAAACAACUCUUUAAAAGACCUCUAUUUGGAGAUGUCAUUCCGAAGGUAUUUCAAAAGGAAAAGAAGGAAGCAAAGGUCGGAGAUAGUUUUGGUCCGAGCUGGGCGACAUUUUGGUUUGAAUUGAAUUUACAAGUGCCACCUGAGUGGAAAGGAUUGGAUGUACAUUUGUUGUGGAAUAGCGAUAGUGAAGCAUUGUUAUUUGACAAGAAUGGCAAGGUUUUGCAAGGAUUAAACGGUGGUGAUGGAUGGGAUAAACGCGAGGAGUUCUUUAUUGAUGCUGACUUGUUAGAUGAAGAGGGAAAAGCUACUUUUUAUAUUGAGAUGGCUUGCAAUGCAAUGUUCGGAAAUGGAUGGAAUGGCCAAAUUAAUCCUCCAGAUCCAAACAGAUAUUUCACUUUGAAAAAGGCUGAAAUUGCAUUGUUCGAUCGAUUAGCUUUUGAUCUCAUGUAUGAUUUCAAGAUUGUUAUGGAAUGUGCCAAAGAAUUCGAUAGCAAAAGACAAAGGGCUAGAGAAGCAAUUAUUACUGGAAACGACAUGCUUAAAUGUUUCGAUCCCAAUGACAGAGACAGUUGGCAAAGAGCAAGAGACAUUGCAGCUAACUUUUUAGGUAAAAAGAAUGGAGACACUUGUCACAAUAUUGUUUCUGUUGGGCACUGUCAUAUUGACAUUGCUUGGUUGUGGCCAUAUGCAGAGACAAGAAGAAAAGCUGGAAGAAGUUGGGCCAAUCAAUUGAGAUUUAUAGAUAUGUAUCCACAGUACAAAUUUGUACAAUCACAAGCACAGCUCUACGAAUGGGUAAAGGAAGAUUAUCCUGAAGUGUUUGAAAGAAUUAAGCAAAAGGCAAAGGAAGGACGAUUUGUUCCGAUUGGAGGUUCUUAUGUGGAGUGUGAUGGUGUUUUACCAAGUGGCGAGUCUUUCUGCCGACAAUUUUUAUAUGGACAAAGAUUCUUCAGAGAAGAAUUUGGUGAAUAUUGCACAGAAUUUUCACUCCCUGAUAGCUUUGGAUAUUCUGCUGCAUUGCCUCAAAUUAUGAGAUUGAGUAAGAUCGACUCGUUCAUUACACAAAAGCUCUCUUGGAAUCUUUUUAACAAAUUCCCUAACUCAAGCUUUGUGUGGGAAGGCAUUGAUGGAUCCAGUGUAUUUGCUCAUUUUCCUCCAGCAGAUACAUACAAUGCAAGCCUUUCAGUGAAAGAGAUCCUUUUCAAUGAGGAGAACUUUAAAGAUAAGGAAGUAUCUCAACAUUCUUUGUGUUUAUUUGGCCACGGUGAUGGAGGAGGCGGCCCAGUUCUCGAUCACAUGGAACGUGCCAAGAGACUCUACGAUGUUCAAGGUUUACCAAGGAUCAUUCAAGAAAAGCCCAAAUUCUUCUUUGAUCGAUUGAAAGAGGAACAUAGAGAGCACAAAUUGAAAGCAUGGCGAGGAGAACUUUAUCUGGAACUGCAUAGAGGCACCUUCACAAGUCAGGCAGCUGUAAAAAAGGGCAAUCGAAAAUGUGAGCUCUUGCUUAGAGAAGCAGAAUUAUAUAGUGCCUUAGCAAAUCGACUCAAUGGUUUUGAAUAUCCUCGAAAGGAGCUAACAAAACUUUGGAAAACUGUGUUGUUGAACCAAUUCCAUGAUGUUCUUCCUGGAAGCUCUAUUGAAUUAGCAUAUGUAGAUGCAAGACAAUUGCAUGCUCAAGUAUUAGAAGAAGCAAGCAAAAUUCGUGAAUCAGCACUCGCCUCACUCAACCGACAACAAUUAGACAUUGACACGAAUAGCGAAGAAAAGGAGAAGGUUGUCACUGUAUGGAGCUCCUUGCCAUGGGAAAGAAAAGAAAUUAUUGAAUUAGAUGUUUCAGAUAAUUUGGCUGAUGACAAGGUCUACACACAAAAGACAUCGAAUGGUAAAUGCCUUGCUGUUGUUCAAGUUCCUUCCACAGGAUACAAAACUGUCACAGUCCAAGAAGUUGUGGUUGCUUCUGCCACCUCGACUGAAUCUAUUGUAUCUCUUCAUCAGAAGGGCAGUUCAUAUGUUUUAAGCAAUCAAUUUAUUGAGGCAACUGUCAAUGAGUAUACUGCAACUGUGGACAUUGUAGACUUACAAACCAAACGAAAAGUCGUUCAAGAUGGAAAUCGUUUCAUUAUGUACAAUGAUAAAUGCCUCUUUUGGGAUGCUUGGGAUAUUGAGGUUAUGCAUAACGAACGUGAACUUGCAAUUAAGGGCUAUAAUGAAGGAAGUGUAUCUGUGACUGUACUCGAGAGUGGACCAUUGAGAUGCUCCUUGAAGGUUACAUUUCCUAUUAGUGAGACAAGCAGCUUGUCUCAAGUUAUUUCUCUUUCAUGUGUUUCACCUCGAUUGGAAUUUAACACUCAAGUCGAUUGGCAUGAAAAACACAAAUGUCUCAAAGUGAAAGUUCCUACGAGAAUAUUCUCAGAUUAUGUUACCUAUGACCAUCAAUUUGGAUUUAUUAGAAGAUCAAAUUUGAAAAACACAAGCUGGGACGUUGCUCGCUUUGAAGUGAGCUGUCAGAAAUACAUGUGCAUCUCAGAGUAUGGAAGUGGAGUAGCAGUGAUCAAUGAUUGCAAAUAUGGCUGCUCAGCGACACAAAACGGUGAUCUCUUCUUGACAUUGUUGCGCGCUCCAAAGGCUCCUGAUGCCAAUUGUGACAUGGGACACCAUCAAUUCACGUUCGCCAUUCAUCCCUAUGUUGGAUCAUCAUUCCAAGAUGGAAGAAUAAUUCAGAGUGCUUACGAGCUCAACCAACCUUGUAAUGUAUGCGUCUAUGACAGAUCUCUUCCAAAAUCAUCCUUGGAGAAAGUUGCGAUCGAGAGUGAAGAAUCUCUAAUUUCAAUUUCUUGUGAGCAAAUACUUUGUGAAACCUUGAAGGUUUCUGAAGAUUCAGAACAACAUUUGGUGUUGCGUAUUCAUGAAUGCUAUGGUGCUCAUGCUCCUCAGAGUGUGUUGACCAUCAAAUCUCCUCAAGCACCAAGGGAAGUUGUCACAACCAACAUUCUUGAAGAUGCCGAUGAGGAACGAUUCCAGUUAAGAUUUACGCAUUCAGAUAACAGAAUCCGUAUUGAAGUUCCUCCGCUCAAACCUUUCCAGAUUCAAACUAUCAAGAUCAAGUAUUGA